CGGCUGCUCCGCCUCGGCGCUUGUCAUUCUCCGCGGCGCGGCGGCGAGUGCGGACUGCGGUGCUUGCCCGCUAGCUCCCCCGCCGGCGCGCCGGCGAUGUGACCGACCGCCUGGGAGCGGGCUGGAGGCUCUGCGGGUAAUAGCACUUCGGCUUGUCCCUUGCCGCGUUCCUCGCUGAGUCGCCAUUCCCUCGGAGCCGCAGACACGCACCAGGGGCUGGGAGCGCCGCACUCCGGGGUCGGUGGCGUCUGCAGCUCUCGGUCCGCGCGGCCGGGUGCAACCUCAGUCGCCGCUGCGGCCGCCGCCGGCGGGCCGUGCGCCCUGACGAGUGCCGGGCUCCGGGCACGGCGGAGCGAGGUGGCUGGUGCGGAGCGACAGCGCCUAGCCUGGCACCCGCCGUCGCCCCGGCAGUGCGGGGCCAGCGAGGUUGAGCGCCGCGGAGCGAGGUCCCCUCGGAAGGCUCCCUGUCUCCUGCGUCCCGAAAACACGAGGCCGUUCUCUUAUUUCAGCAGUUGGGUGUAACUUCAGAGCCGGGAAGGAGUGAUUUCAAGGCCAAGCAGGAAAAGAGGACUCUCGCCACCACAUUUCGAAGGGAGUCCACCGCCAGAACUUUGGUUCCUUAUUUGGACAAACAUUUCUCCAAGGAAGACGAAGCACCCCAUGCCUAUGUUCCCCAUCUGAAGGACUGACAGACUCCAUCAGCGUGUGCCACUUCGUGCGCCCACCAUGGGCCCCCUGGGGAGCAUGCUGAGCAGUGGGCAAGUGCAGGUUGUCCUGUGGGGCAGUUUGGCCGCUGUUGCCGCUUUCUUCCUCAUCGGCUUCCUGAUUUUUCUGUGCUCCAGUUGUGACAGAGAGAAGAAGCCGAGGCAGCACAGUGGGGACCAUGAGAACCUGAUGAACGUGCCUUCCGAUAAGGAGAUGUUCAGCCGUUCAGUUACCAGCCUGGCCACAGAUGCGCCUGCCAGCAGCGAGCAGAACGGGAUACUCACCAAUGGCGACAUCCUUUCAGAAGACAGUACUCUGACCUGCAUGCAACAUUAUGAGGAGGUCCAGACCUCAGCUUCGGAUCUGCUGGACUCCCAGGACAGCACGGGGAAGCCAAAGUGUCACCAGAGCCGGGAACUGCCCAGAAUUCCUCCUGACAGCGCAGUGGACACGAUGCUCAACGCGAGGAGCGUGGACGGGGACCAGGGCCUGGGGACGGAAGGGCCGUAUGAAGUGCUCAAGGAUAGUUCCUCCCAAGAGAAUAUGGUGGAGGACUGCUUGUAUGAAACUGUGAAAGAAAUAAAGGAGGUGGCAGCAGCCGUGAACCCAGGGAAAGGCCACAGCAGCAGGUCAAAGGCGACUUCCGCUUUGAAAGAGCUUCCGGGGCCCCAAGGCCCCGAGGCGGACUUUGCUGAGUAUGCCUCCGUGGACAGAAACAAGAAGUGUCGACAGAGCGUUAACGCAGAGACUGUUCUCAGAAAUUCAUGCGACUUGGAAGAGGAGGCCCCACCACCUGUCCCCGUUAAACUUCUGGAUGAGAAUGAAAACCUUCAGGAGAGGGAAGAGAACAAGACAGCAGAGGAGGGAGCCUCAGAGGGGACCAGCGAAACCAACAAGAGAUUUAGUUCAUUGUCGUACAAGUCCCGGGAAGAGGACCCAACUCUCACAGAAGAAGAGAUCUCAGCCAUGUAUUCCUCAGUAAAUAAACCCGGACAGUCAGGGAAUAAAUCAGGACAGACUCUCAAAGCACCAGAGUCCAGCCACACCUCCAUCCAAGGAGCUACUCAGAGAUCCCCCUCUUCCUGUAAUGAUCUCUAUGCUACUGUUAAAGACUUCGAGAAAACUCCAAACAGCGUCAGCACUCUUCCACCAGCAGUGAGACCCAGUGAGGAGCCGGAGCCUGAUUACGAAGCAAUACAAACUCUAAACAGAGAGGAAGACAAGGCCACCCCAGAGACCAAUGGCCAGCGUGGCCUUUUCCCAAAAGAGAAUGACUAUGAGAGCAUUGGGGACUUGCAGCAAUGCCGCGAUAUCACCAGGCUCUAGCAAGCGGGAAGUCAAGCCCGCACAACAUAUGCUGGCUAGCGGGGGCAUUUCUUCUGCAGAGGACAAGAAGUGAAAGCAACCCCUUCUCUGCGCGCGCUGCUCCAGUAACCCGAUGAUAACUGAACACGUGGAGACUGUUUCCUGGGGCUGGAAACAGUGAGGUACGUACCGGGACUGCCCCCGAGCGGGCCUCAGGGCCCACCCAAGCACAUCUCCCUCAUGUACCCUCACCUUCUGGAAAGAUCCCAGCUGUCUGUGGUUUCACCCGGUGAGUGAGGAAAGCCGAGAUGCAAGGAAGAACUGCGUCCAUCAAGAACCACGACUCCAACUGCCCAAGAUACUGCCAUUCCCAAGAGCCAGGUUUUUCUUCCUUUCUUCCCUUUUUUGCGGUCUGCUCCUCACGUUUAAAUGUAUGGCUUUCUUCCCUCUUGAAAUCGUCUGACUUCUAAUGGUUCAUUCCAAGAAAGUUCUCCCACAAGGCUUGGCCUUUGCCUUCAACUUUGGGGUUUCAAGAUGUAAGAAACUGUGGUCGCUGGUUACUGUCAGGUGCCUGGUGCUCUUCUGAGAGCCACACCUGGGAGAACAAGAACCCCACAGUGGGCAGGACUGGGGCUGCGCCCUGAGCUCCUGACACCUUCCUGCCUCCUGAUUUGGGCCUCUACAUCAGCAGCCUCUCACGAAGUACUUGAAGUCAUUUUUAGAUGCUUUAUUUUAUUUUUCUAGUCAAAGCGGUUCCCCUCCUUCACCCCCUACACACCCAGUAUUUGAAACUCUUCAGAGCCUUUUCAGUAUUUUCAAUGAAUAUUGUGGUACUUCUAUACUUGUUUCAGCCCAGAGCUCAUUCCUCUGAAACAGAGAGCCUUAAUCUCUAUGUUGGGACACAGACCACAUAUCUGGACGGCAGCCAUGGCGUCCGUCUCUGAAGGGCUGUGGACUUGAAUGUGUACUUCUGAUGACCCCUGCUGCCACACCAACAGUGUGAGAUUUCAUAAGUUAACUGCUACCCUAAGGUAAUCUAUCGAAAAUUAAAAUGUAAACAUUUAUUUUUGUUAUAUAAAUUUAUAAGAUGUUUUAUGUUUAAUGCCUAAUUUCUAGAAAGUGCCAGAAAAAAAUGUAUAUUAACUAUUUUGAUUUUAUGUACAAUGAUUUAUACUCUCAUUCUGAAAAAACACCAUAAAGCACAUAAGCUAGAUAAUUACAUGUACUUGUUAUCUGUUUUCUAAUCAAGUAUUUAAAAUAUUGAAGGUUUUUAAAGACGACUUUUCAAAUGGUACUUGGAGCCCUGGUCAAAGUUUCUGGCUCACUACAGAAAUAAGUGGAGUGGACAUAAAUGACCAUUUUCUGUGAUUUGUGGUAGGCAAUACUCAAAUAUUUGAAAUGGUAAAAAAAAAAAAAAUGGAAGAAUGAAAUAUGACUAGGGAAGACUGCAUUAACCUCAUGAAGGUAUUAUAAUUCCAGUAAGAUUUAGUUACAUUUUUAAGAAAAUUUAUAGUGGUGGAUUCUCCAAUCCAGUGCUUGCAAAUGCAAAUUGCCUAUUGGGAUUUUUUUCUUCCCCUUCAUUUUACAAAAAUCAGUGGCUGAGAUAACUCCGAUUAAGAGCUCAGCCUGGUUUGAAUUUAAUCAUCUCUGUAGAUUUUAUAAGGCCAACAUUGGGAAACUUGUUCACUUUUCAUUUGAGAAGGACCCUGCUAUAUUAUGCGGAGUGGCUACAGCAAGGGGCCCUUGCUUACGCUGAUUUAAAAAAGAGGCAGUUAUUCUGUACUGCUGUGACAUCUCUGGCUUUUCAGACUGAAUAAACUCACUGUUUUCACUCCUUAUGACAAAGGAUGCAGCUGGGAGGGCGAAGCAUCUUGCGGACAGGAGGGACCACUGGCUUGUCCUUCCUGUCCCCUGCAUUCAAGGCUUGGUUCUGUGACUGCCUGCAAUUCAUUUCUGCAAUUGUGAAGUGAGCUUUGCCAGGGUAAACUGCUCGGUUGUCAUUAUUUUGCAGUCAGCCUGGUCUCUCCCAUGAAGACCUCACGAGCCUAAGCACAGUCAUCACGGACUAGAAGGAAAUGGCAGAAUACGCUUGGAUUGGGGGAAAGGUUAUCAGGAAGGUGCCAAGGUCCUCACUCUCUAAAUUCGUAUCUUUCAUAAGCACUGUUUUUGCCUGGUGAUUUUCUUUGCUUACUUAGUAUUGAUGAGUUUGACCCCACAAUCUCUACACCGUGGGGUUUCUUUAGCUCCUGGUGAUGGCCGUGUCACAUGGCAUACCUAGUUUUGUGCUUGCUGCAAUAAUGUCCUUUAUGAGCACCUGACCACUCAAAGGUUUUCCUGUAUUUCAUAAUGUCUUUACUUAUUGCCAGGGAAGUGGAUAUGAUCUCUAAAGUGUAAAAUCAUUUCUAGAGAGAAAAGUUCUUUAUAAAUAGUCAUAUCAUCUUGAAACUUCAUUAUCAGAAUUUCCCCCAGAAGUUCUGAAAUAAAGGCUAUGCAAUAUAGCCAUAAAAUAUGCACUGAAAUCUCUCUCUUGAGUUGAGGAUCUGUGCUAAGUUGCGAUUUAAAGUAUUAUAAGUAUAUUUUAGAAGAAACUAGAAGGCCCUCCAGUACAGAUCCUAAAAGAAAAAGUAAUAGCACAAUCCAUGAGGGUUGAGGGAGGGAGAAACAGAGUAAGCUUCAGGAGCUGGCUCUGCUCUUAAGACUGCUGGGUACCUUACUGAAGCAUUUUCAUUGAUGUAUCAUCGUGGUUUUGACCUGUACAGCAUUUCAUAAAUUUCAUCACUUUUUACUUUAUUCAUUGAAAAUCUGUGCUAGUCUUUGAGUGGGACAAAAGCAUAUGGUUUCUUGAAAAAAGUUUCAUGUUCAGCUAAAUGUUACAGUUUAAAUGUAUGAAAGGUAAUUAUAAUUUUUUUUUUUUUUACUAUUCAACUUUGACAUCUAUAUUAUUCAUUGUUAUCAUUUAGGUUAUGUGAAGUCUUACAAAUAAAAUAAGCUUUAGGAGAUUCUUUUUGUUUGUUUAUAAGUCAGAAUUAUAAACUCAUCUUGCCUAAAAGUAGAAUCUUUGCUAUUUAGUCAGGUAUUUUGAAGUUUUAGAAGAAUUUUUUACGCUGCUUUUACGGUUUCUCAAAUGUAGUCAGCAGGAAAGUAUGACGGGUUUUAUGUGAAAUGUUUGAGGAAAUUUUAAAUUCUAGAAGAAAGCAAUUUUUGCUAAUAUGUGGGCCACAUAAAUUUUUUUUCCUAUCCUGAACUAAAUUACAUUAGGUCUAUUAAAAGCUUUUGAAAGUACUGCUGUCCUUUGUGGUGAAAAGGCUAAUUACUGAUUUAUCUGCCCUCAAAAUCUACCCUCAAAAUCUAAGAGUUAAUUAUAAUUGAGUGCUAACAAUAGGUAGUCCACACAAAAAACUAACAUUUAAUCUCAGGAUGUCACUAGAUCUGUUCUUGUAUUAGAUUUUCAUUUUUCUAAUUAGAGCAUUUGUUUACUUGAACCGGUAACAAACUGUGUAUGUGUGUGUAUGUACAUUAUACCUAUAUAUUUACGUAUACACACAUAUACAUAUAUAAAGUUCUGGUGCCUGACUAGUGAGGAUACAUCCUAAUAUGUAUUUGGAAUGUCUACCCUAUUAAUGUGAUGACUAUUGUCAUAAAAGCAGAAUAGAAAAAAAGUUAUCCAAUAGUUUUCAUUUAGUAAUUACAAGAAAACCUUCCUAAGUUACCUCAUAUCAUUUUUCUAAUUAAUAAAUUCAGAUUCUAAAUUGCAUCCAUAAUUCUCUUAGCUGAAGAACAGUGGUAUUUUUAAAUAGUUUUCUUAUAUGUGUGGCUCAUUACAUAUUCAGCAUGACAGGAGGAAAUGUAAAUAGGCAUCCUUCUCAGAGAUCAUGUGGAGAAGAGAUCUGGCAGAAACACCAAAAGCCACGUGCGCCAGGAUGGAGCCCCAGCAAGGUGACCCCCACUGGGUGGCAGGAGCAGAGCCUGUUCUCACAGGGCUGCGUUUUCUUUCACUCUCUGGAGAGGUUAGCGCAGAGCCAACAAGCCCCGAGGUAGCGUUACGGACGGAGCCCACCUCAGAGGUGGGAACGUGGAUAAUCACAGAGCCGCAGCUCAAGACUCAAGUAGGAUUUUUGUAAAUGAGUAAAUGACGUUUUUUUCAGUGCUCCUUGUACUAGUUCCUAUAAGCCCGUGUGGUCGAGUGAUGCCAUUCUUCUGCAAGUGUUGGCUUCCGGUCCCCCUCCAGCUUCCUCUGGGCUGCUGGAGGCACCGUCUUGACAGGCUUAUUGUACUGUGUAAUUGAGGAAAGUUAAAGUGUAAUGUUUGCUGAUAAUAAGUGACUGAUGUGAAAAAUAGGAACAUGUGUCUAAAUAUCAAAUAUGGCUUUUUUUUUUUUUGCAGUGAAAUCUAUAUGCCUUGUCCUGUGGUAGUAUUUUCUUGCUCUGUGUUGUAUCUUUUCUUAACAUCAUUCUUGACAGUGCCAUUGGACAAGUUGAACACACAUAGAAAGUGUCUGACUUAAAGAGAUCAGUACAGAAAACAAGCUAAAUUAGUCUUCAUCUGAAAUUAUGAAAGUGAAUUUUAAAAAGCCGUGGUCCAGAAGAGAACAAAUAUUCAUAAGUGGUUUUUUUCCCUACUGCUCAUUUCUAAGUCUGUUUACAGCCAGUCUUUGCUAGUUAUAAAGUAUUCCCUGUUUCCUAGGUUCUUCUUUAUUGAACUAAGAAAUAGUACUUCGGAUUUCUCUUAAUGCCAUGCUUUUUAUUAAAAAGGCAAUUUUUAAGCAUUCAGUUUGGUAAUCACUUAAUGCAUUUAAAUCAGAUUUUUCUUUGCUCACCACUUAUGCUAGGGGUAUUUUUAAAAAAUGUGUUGUACUCUGGUUGUCUCAGAUCACCUUAUGUAAUGGAUUAUAAAGGCUGGUAAAUGGUCAUUCUGCAAACUUCUGUGUGUUAGAUUGGCAACAGUUUAAUGUUCGCUUGUAAACAUCAUGUAUUAUUGAUGCACCUCAUGUUUUCAGGGAAAGUAUGAAAUAUAGCUAAACAAGUAGGAAUUUGCAUUUCAUUGUUCAUGCAUUUUUUCCUCAUAAAAAUAGUUUCUCAAAAAAGUGACCUAUUAUCUCUUAGGUGGUCCUGAUCAGUUUCAAAGUGCUCCUUUUGCUCAAAAAUCAUUCAAGACUGUGGCAUUUUGACACAUUGUCUCAAAUGGUCUUUGUCAUGGUCUAACUGUCCGAUUCACAAAAGAGUGGGGAAAUUGUUUCCAAUACUGGGAAUUUUUAAACCUUCGUUUUAAGUUUGAAAAUAUCUCUUAUUGGCUUCAACUUGGAAUGUUCUCCCCUGCCUUACUCUGGUCCUUUUAAGGAGCAGGUCUGCAGCACGGGGACACAAAGCCCCUCUUUCCUCCGAUCUCACUUUGGUUCCUCCUGCCACUUGGCACAGCACCACCCCUGUUCCUCUCCCCCACCCCAGCCGCUCUCUGCUAUUGGUAGGACUUCCCAACACAUCUUUUCCCAUAGGGACACAAUCUUCAGAUCACAGAUCCUGCCUUCCAGCAUAGGAAGCAAACCGCUCUGCCCAACUCAUGUUUUGCUGUGUCGCAGGCUGCUGAGACAAGGCCACAGGUCCACCUAGGGAAGCACAUGCUGGGUGUUGUUUGUUAUGGGCUUUGCUAAACCAUCCUCAUUCUUAAUCCACCUUCUUCAUGAGGACGGUUAGCACUAGGGGACCAUGGAACAGAACUUAAAAAGUUCUAAUGAGGGCUCAAACUCACGGUUGCAGGGAAAUCAGCACUACAGUCUAAUGGGGUAAGCUCACUGUCCCCCACGAUGUAUUGAGACUGCCUUGUGUCUCCUAAGUUCCAGUGAAGUUAAAUCCUGGUAAUAAGAGACCCAUACUUAACUAUAAAGUAGGAGGAUGCUAUUUUUUUUUUUUUUUUUUGGAGGAAAACCACAGCUUCCUUGUAAAAAUUAAUCACUUAUAAACAGUGUAACAUUUUUUAGCCAUGUGGCCACUAUAUCCUCUCCCCCUCCGGAAAGAGUGCUUGUGAAUUAUGUUAGUUGUAACUAGUUUGAUCUACUUCCCCAGGUGUCAAGGAAACAAAAAAUAUUCGAGCAUUUAGCUGUGGAGUUACCAAAUAUUGAGAAUAAUUUGGCCAUUUGUAGGGAAACUGAUAUUUGAAGUGAGAAACCAGAUCCCUUUUAAGCACUCACCUAAGGGUGAUACAGAGGUGGGGGGCGGGAGACGGGGAGGCUGUCACUUUUAUGUAGCUAAGGAUCCAGGAUAUGUUUAGUUCUUUUAAACAUCACUCUAAGUCAUAAUUAUUUGAAUGGUUAUUCUAGAGUGUAAUUCCACCCCACACCCCGCCAAUUAACAGAACUGAUAUUUGCUCAUUCUCCUUACAGAUUUAAUUUUUAAAAGUUCACCUAGUGUACCAGUUAGACUCCCUUACUAGGAAAUUCAGGCUAAAAGACCAGUGUUGGCCCCUGGAGCCUACAGUUCAGAACUAUUUUACUGUAAAGUCUGGCUUGGUUUUGUUUUGCUUAACUCAACAAGCUGGAAACUAUGAGUUUAAAACAAACUUUCUUUUUCCCUUCUUAAGCUGAAGGAGGAAAAAAAAUUAAUUUUAGAUCCCAUUUAGGUAGUAAAGUCUUCCCUGAAAGACAGCUGUGUCCUUCUCUAGGUUAAGGGGCUAAAACCAAAAGCCACACUGUCUCUGAAUAUUCCUUUGACAUAUUUUUAUGUUUUUAAUGGAAAGCCCAUAAUGAAUCUGAAAUGAUGUUCGUGACCUAUCCUGUAAGCUUUUUUUUUUCUUUUUGCACUUACUUUUUGAAUAUAUGGGUUGUUUUUUUGUUUUGUUUUCCCUGGAGCCGUGCUAGAAACAAUUCCAAGGGGCUACUCCAUGACCACCUCUUGGCGUCCCAGCAAUGUGGCAGCACUGUUACCAGGCCUGCCUCUUAGGGAGAAGCUUGUAGGAAAUGCCAGGCAAGCUGAAUUUUAUGUACAAGUCAACAAACAUUUGAGAAGUCCUUUAUGUCUCAGAUUUUGACAUUUAAAAAAAUUUUUCUGAGUACCAACUACAUGAAAUUGUAACUAAGUGACAUGGGCUGGACUUCCCACCCCUUACGUCUCAGUUUGUGUGUGUCUCUGGGAAAUGUAUUUUCCCAGCUCCCUGUCUCCCACUCUGAGUUGCUUAAGGAGCACACUCUAAAUGUAUAUGUAGAAAUGAAAAAGAUGACCUCAUUGAUUUAAAUUACUUUUAGAUAUCUUCUUUGUAAACUCAGGAACAAGCCUGGUUUGUAAAUAGCAUAAUAUGGCUACCAGAGCUGUAAUUUGCAGGUAACUAGAUACAUCCUUUCAGAUAGGUUUCACCUAAAGACCUAACUGUUGUAACUGGGAAUAGAAACUCCUCA